CCUCCGGCCCAGCGCGGGUCAGCGCCCUCGGUGACACCUGCCCUAGACGUCGCAGACGCCGCUCAGGACGCCUUUGGAAAAUACCGUCCGCGCAAAUCUCCUAGGAACUCAAGAACGGUUGUGAACCAAAAAGCCAGGGCGUGGUCGCCCCGCCCACCAGCCCCUACAUCACCACCCCUCUCGCCGCUUUCAAGCGUGGGGAUUGGCUGAACGCAAGAAAGAGCCCCGCCCCUGGUCUUAUGACUCGGGCUGAAGCGGCGAUUCUUGGCUCUCACAGCGCUGUGGUCGGUGGUCACCCGUGCGCUGUCCCCAGGUCCAGUGAGCCGUUUCGCUGGUGUUGCUGCCCUUGUUGUCACCGCCGCCUCCAGCCCUGUAGGAUCAUGGUGUACUUCCGUCCCUCCUGGCUUUCAGGCUCCGGGCUUCUGCUGCUCUGUCUCGUCCUGGGAGCUGACCAGUCUCAUGCCUUGGAAUGUAAUUUGACAGAUUCAUCAAAUGCUACUUGCCUUUAUGCGAAGUGGCAGAUGAAUUUCACAGUAACGUAUGAAACUACAAACAAAACUUAUAAAACGGUAAACAUUUCAGACCUAAGCAAUGUGACAUAUGAGGGAAGCACUUGUGGAGAUGAGCAGAAUGGUCCCAGAAUAGCAGUGCAAUUUGGAUCUGGUUUUUCUUGGAUUGUAAACUUCACCAAACAUGCUCCUGAUUAUUUCAUCGACACCAUCUCGUUUUCCUACAAUAUUCAUAAUCACACAACAUUUCCUGAUGCUGAACAUAAAGGAAUUAUUACCAUUGACAAUCAUGUGGCAUUAAAAGUUCCAUUGAAUGACAUCUUUAGAUGCAAUAGUUUGAUAACUAUAGAAAAGAAUAAUGUCACUCAGCACAUUUGGAAUGUUCUUGUACAAGCUUUUGUCCAAAAUGGCACGGUGAGCACAAAAGAAUAUCUGUGUGAUGAAGACAAACAUUCCACAACAGUGGCACCCAUCAUUCACACCACUGUGCCAUCUCCUACUCCAACACCCACUCCAAAGGAAAAUCCCUAUGUGGGAAACUAUUCGGUUCGUGAUGGUAAUAGCACUUGUCUACUGGCUACCAUGGGGCUGCAGCUGAACAUCACUCAAGAUAAGGUUUCUUCAGUCAUUAACAUUAACCCCAAUUCAACUGGUGUCACUGGCAGCUGCCAUCCUCAGACUGCUCAGCUUAGGCUAAACAGCAGCAACAUUAAGUAUCUUGACUUCGUCUUUGCUGUCAAAAAUGAAAACCGAUUCUAUCUGAAGGAAGUGAAUGUCAGCUUGAAUUUGGCUAAUGGCUCUGUUUUCAGCAUUGCAAAUAACAACCUUAGCUACUGGGAUGCUCCUCUGGGAAGUUCUUAUAUGUGCCACAAAGAGCAGACUGUUUCAGUAUCUAGAACAUUUCAGAUAAAUACCUUUGAAUUAAGAGUUCAGCCUUUCAAUGUGAUGGAAGGAAAGUAUUCUACAGCUGAAGAAUGUUCUGCUGACUCUGACCUCAACUUUCUUAUUCCUGUUGCAGUGGGUGUGGCCCUUGGCUUCCUUAUAAUUGUUGUAUUUAUCUCUUAUAUGAUUGGAAGAAGAAAAAGUCGCACUGGUUAUCAGUCUGUAUAGUCACUGAGAUCUCAUGCUUUUUUUUUUUUUUCUUUUUGCAAUCGAAAGUUAUGUUUCCAUUGGCUAAAAGCCAGGAAAUGCUUUAUAGUAGAUUGAUUAAGAUCUAUCUCGGACUAACCUCAGUGAGUUGCCAGCUAAUUUGGGCAUGAGUAGCACUUAUUUAAGAAAAAAAAUGUAUUAGGACCAUUGUUUCUAUUUUUUUUCCUCCUCUUUUGUUAAAAUGUAACUGAAAGAAAAAUUAUGGCUCAGAAUAUGUCUUUUUAAAGUAAAUAAUUAUUUUAAGCCUCUGGAUCCAAUUAUGAAAGCAUUUCUACUGAAGUAUAAUUUUAUAUGUUGCAGUUACUUGUAUUUUGCUACUUUGAUGUUAUUUGCAAAAUCAAAGCUGUAAGAGAAUUUAAUGUGCUUCCGGAAAUAAAUUCAAGAACAUAAUGAAUUCAUUUUCACUGGUGACAAACAUAAAAUUUGGUUCACAAUAAGACUUCCUUUCCCAAUUUUCUAAUGAGGAUUAUUAAAAUCUGUGUUUUUCUUGUAGUUUUAAAAGAAGGCUGGUAGUGUAGCUCAGAGAUAGAAUACUUGCCUAGCAUGAAUGAGACCAUGGGUUUAAUCCCCAGUACUGCAAUAAUGUAUUUAAUAGCAAAAAUCUGGUGGUUUUCUCUAUUACCAUUAGUGGCUACUAUAUUUUAACAAGAAUGUCUUUUUUUCCUUCCCUUCUGGAGUUUGAAAUAUAUUGAUGAUUUCAGAUUUGACAUUUAUGCUGAAGGAUGAAGUAAGAAUUUCAGCUUUUGUAAGGUGUUAAUUUAGAACAGACUAUUUUUUUAAGGUUAUGAUUUAGAAUUUUUUCCCCUCAGAGCCUUAACUUGUUCAGAAAGUUAAUUCAUCCUGCACUUAAAAAAAAAGCCGCCUGUAUACUUUUAUCAUGUGCCUCCUGUACUUUUCUAUUCCCUGUAUGAAUAAGUUCAAAUUGAUAUUUUUAACACAUUGAUUCCUUUUUUUUCUCACAGCAGCAAGUGCUAAUUCUAGAGGCUAGUGGGGCCCUGACAUAUAAUCAGUCAAUUGGCCGCCUAGCCAAAGCUGGACUGGGAUUUGUUCUGUAAAUUUGUUGAUCCUGAUAAAGACUUAUAUCCCUGUAGGGAACUCUAAUGGCUCUGGCAUCUGGAGUAAAAUACUAGAGACCACUCAUCCCUGUGUCUGUUUGAUUGGUUCAGCUGCUGAGUUGCCCUUUUAUUCAGAAGCACAGUGCUGUGGUUGUGCAGGACCCAAAUGGCAGCUUUACACACCUGUCCUCAGCAUAAGGCAGAUGUUUAUUUUACCAACCUCUUUUAUCUCUACAGUGAACUAAAAGCAAAACUUCAAGAUCUGCCUUCACUUCAGAAAUUUUCAAAAUUAAGGUUAAGCCUAAACAAAUUGAGUUUAAACCUUAAAGCUAGUUUGUUAUUAAAUCCAAGGAUUAAGUUCCAGUCUACCUCUCAGCACAAUGUAGAUGCUCACCACUGUAUUGCUGCCGAUGUCAAAACUCUGCCAAUAACUGGAAUUACACAUUUUUCUUACAAAGAAAAAGUUAAUCAACAUCCUUCCUUAUGGUCUUAUCUAUUCACACAUUUACUCCAGACUGGAGUAGAAAGUUGCUCAAUUACAACUCCUUUCAAAUUCUGUAGCUCUGCUUUGCAGAUGCAAGUUCUCUGUUUGCUAUGGCAUAUAAGAAUGCUUUCUUUUAAAAAUGUUCUCCUUUGAAAACAUCUGCUUAUUGCUUAUUUGUUAUUUGGUAAAGGGCAUUUGGUUAAUAUGGUACCAUAAAGAACAGUGGCUUCAUUUCAGUAGAUAUUUUUGAGAUGAUUUUCUAAAAGCCAUAUUCAUUACCCUUGCUAAUUCUUUGAAUGGUAUAUUCAGAUAUGUUCAAAUUAUGAAUUCAUUUCAAAGUUUUCUAUUUUUUAGUAGGAGACUAGUAUCACUGAUUCUUCAUUAGGUAUCAUGGCUUUUUCUGAGAUAAUUAGCAAACAUGUUUAAUUCCUUGAUAAUUAAAAUACAGAAUAUUGGGGCUGGGGAUAUAGCUCAGCUGGUAGAGUGCUUGCCUCAUAUGCACAAGGCCCUGAAUUCAAUCAAUUCCCAGCACCAAACACACACACACACACAAAAAAAAAAAAAACCUAAAAUAUUUACCAAGGGUUCAUUGCUUCAACUCCAAUAAAAUAUAGGAGUCUCAAAAUAUAUGAACUGAGCACUCAAUUAGCUUUUCUCACUGAGUUCAUUUUUUUAUUAGUACAACAGUGGAUCAAACAGCAGGGCUUUAAACUCAUGGAUAGAAUAAAUUGUUUUUCACCUAAGCUUCUUUGGGAGAACUGAUGUUUGCUGCUACUUAAAGUUUUGUACAUAGAAAUUUAGAGAACUCAUUAAUACCUGAAAAAUAAAGCAUAUUGUGGUACUCUUGUUUGAUCUGAUAGUGUGAUUUUAGAUUGAUAUAUUUAAAAUAAUAAAGAUCAUGCAUUCCGUGUUA